AUGACCUUCUUUUCUUCCGAAGCAGAACUAGCGCUCAUGGCGCCAGAUGACGGCAUGGGUCACUUGUACCCCUCCAGCACAUGUCAAUCACCUCCCAGCAUCAUGUACUCACCACCCUUACACCACAUGGCACACCGACCAUCAACGACCAUGUCAGGACACACAGCAAUGUACACACCACCACAAGACUACAGACCGGUCAUGGACUCCCCAUACCCACCCCACGCACUCUGGUCGACACAACCCUCGCCAAUACCGUUACCUCAAGUAACGUCGUACUCUUACCCAUCCUUCUCUGGAAUGGCAUCUCCUCCGAUGCUCGCGCAUGACUCAACGCUGCUCUCACAGUCCUUUGGCGCACCUCGACCGUCAAGAUCGCACUCUACAUCGUCAUCCACAGGCCGUGGCAUUCCUUCCAACGUCCCCUCAGAGACAUCACCACCAGCCCUCUCGCGAUCACUUUCUCCAUCAUCGCCAGACCUUCGAUCCUAUGGCAUUCCGAACAAGAACGGUACAUGGAGUUGUGCCUUCCCAGGAUGCACAUCAAGAGCAGUUUUCACUCGGGGCUGCGAUCUAAGGAAGCACUACAAGAGACACACAAAGUCUUUCUUUUGCCGUCAUGGCGAUUGCCCACAAUCAACAGGAGGGGGCUUCUCGAGUAAAAAGGAUCUUGCAAGACAUGAGGCAAAGCACAACCCGGGUGUCUUGUGUGACUGGGAAGGAUGCGACAGGGUCUUCAGUCGUGUGGACAACAUGAGAGAUCACGUCAAGAGAAUUCAUCUCAAAGCAUCUAGAAAGUCUUCAACGACUUCCACCUAG